CAUCGAGUAAGGCCACUUGCGGUGAUGAAUUUCCUCCACGAAGUCCUCCUGAUACCCCUGAUCCUGGGAAAUGUGGAAAUAGCAGCUGCCAAGUGGUGGAAUUCCUCUGCCAGGUAUCUGCAUGCCAGGCCGCCAGUGAAAACGGUGAUCAACAAUGGAUUACGCUUGACCGAGGGUGGACAUGUGGGCUCCUGGCUGCUGAGGAUCAUGGAUGGGAAUAAGUUUGCCUGCGGAGCCUCCUACUACAGUGCUCUGUACGCAAUCACCUCGGCGAACUGCAUGCACAGCUAUCGGUCGAAGGUUCAGUCCCUCAGCGUGGAGUUCCUAACGCCGGAUGAGCAGCAGGAGGCUCCGGGAGAUUCGGGUGAUGCCUCCUUCGCCCUCAUCCGCACUAUUUUCACACCAAAAGAUUGGCAUUGGCCGGAUACCUACAUGGAUGUUGCCGUGCUAAAACUGAGCCACCGCCUGCGUGGCAAUCUGAAAGACUUUGUGACGCUCUGCAGCAAGCCGCUGAGUUCGUACGACCUUCUGUCGGUGGUCUCCUGUGGCGCAGGACCCACCGAGAGUGUGGGAACCGAGGGGGUAACCGUCCUGAAUCGCAUGGACUGCGAGUUGCAGUACGGCGGCGUCGUCCUGGGCGAAACAAUCGCGUGUGCCAAGGAAUUCAAGCAGAAACCGGGCUGCAUGUUCAGACCAGGCUGUCCGGUGACCUCGGGCGAUCAGCUCUGCGGCAUCGUCGCCUGGGGUCCUGCGUGCAAGAGGCCCGGAAUGCCGGGCAUCUUCACCGACAUCGAUCAGGUGCGCCAGUUCAUCCUCAGGGCGAUCAGCGGCAAGGGCAGGGUCACUGGUGGCAGUCAGCACGGAAAAUCCGAGGCGGACGACAUCCCCGAGUGGCACUCCGGCUUCUGGUUGAGCCGAUAAACUUCUGUUUCUUAAAUAAAAUUUCUGUCAUUUCAAAAUAAAAAAAAAAAA